UUAAAACUUUAACUUUUUAUUAAAAGUUAGGAAAGCAUUUGAAUCCAAUUUUAUCGAUAUAUAUAUUUUGUAUCUAAUUUAUUAUAAAUAUCGGAAAUUUACCAAUUCUCCAGCAAAAUGGAACAAAACAAAGGUUUCAUUACAGGCAGUUACUAUCAAGGCAUUUAUAAUACCGCUACCAAUGACAUGGAUGGUUAUGGUUAUUAUACGUUUCCAGAUGGAAGUACUUAUCAAGGGCAUUUUCGAAAGGGUGUCUUUCACGGUGUUGAUUGAAGAAAUGGAAUUUGAAGAUGGAUUACGUUUCAACUGCCAUGUUCGGAAGCAUGACAUUAUCACUGGUAACUGGAAAUAUUUAACUCGUAAUAAUCGCCUAUACCCCAGGGAACUACUUGAUGGUCCACAACCAAUUGCACCAAACCCUUUACUUACAGUAACAGAAGACACAAAAAUAUUACCUGAUGAUACAAUUGAUGCUGGUGAAGGAUUUUAUAAUCGCGAAACUGGUUUCAUAGUAAAUAGAAAACAACCUUUAACUUUUCAUCGUUUCGUAUGUGACCGCAGAGAAGUUAAGUCGAUUUUAAAACAAUGUCGGGUAAGUGAUGAUUUGGAGUUGGUGAUACCUGACGAGGAGGACUGUGAAAAAAUACUUAGAUUAAAUAGAAUGGAAUUGGCUAUAAUCAAUCCUGAAUACGAAUGCCCAUGUGAAGCCGAUAAGAAGCCGAUGACUAGAAUUAAACACGAGGAUGAACACUCUUGGUCCACUAUUUCGUCUUCUAGUAUUUGUGAUGAAGAUGUCAGAAUAAGCGAUAUAUUACUAAAUACUAGAAUUGCAAAAGACAUACCUAUUUUUGACAGUGUAGGUUCUUAUGAUCAGUCACUAAUACGUCAGAGGCCAUAGCAUUUUUACAAAUGAUUUUAUAACAGGAACUGAAUUUUUUUUGUAUAGCGUAGUUUUAUUAUGUAACAGUAGUGUAUUUAUAACUGUAUGUAUAAAGAAGUGAAAGAUUAGGUCUAUAGCUUUAAUCCUCACCAAUUUUUUACUCAAACUAUUUUAGGUGAAAUACAUUUUGAUAUCCUGGUAUUUAAUAACUGAGUUUUAACAUUCAGUGUCAGGCCGUUAACAUAAGAAAGUUAGUUUCUUACAUGUGUACAUCGAUCGCUUGGUGAUAAAAAAUUUAUUAAUAAAAAAUUAUACCUAUAAUACUAAUAGGCACGU